AUGACCUCCAGAACCUCGCUCUCCCCUGCCUCGGGCAGUGAACAUCAAGCAGGCAGUCGUGAGAGUGCAUCCAACGCCACCAAGACCCCGCAACCACAGGUUCAGCGUCCCCCACCAGUGAAGUUGAACGUGCCACGUAGGCCACCACUGACUCCUUCGGCCAUCUUUACUCUCAUCCAAACCAUCCGUGAGGCCGGACGCCGACUGGCUAUGAGCGACCCAGCCAUCGCCACCGCCUGCACCCUUUUUCACCGCAUGGUAAGAGUGCUGACCGUGGGCGAAGAGACGGGACCCUUCGCUGUGGAGGCAGAGGCCGGUGAGACGAAUAUCACUCCGGCCUCCUUCUCCUCCACCAACGAUAUUCCUACAGCCUCCGCAAUAGAUGGAUCCAUUAGAACCACACUGGGAGAUGUUGAUCCUUACGUAAGCGCUUCUCCUUACCCUUCUUAUAGAUAUACGUCUUGGAAGCUUCGUUUUGAACGCCGCACGUUUUGAUCACUUCGUUUUUACAGUUUUGCUUUUUCUACACCAUUCUUGGGUUUCCAGUUUAGGUGACCGCGCGCGUGUGUGUAUGUGUUGCGUGAUAGGCCGACGAUGGGUCGUGGCAUUCACCGACUUAGUUCCAAUCCAGUUGGGAUACGGGACAAUCUGUUUUGUUUUUGGUCUCGGGUCUAGAGUUCUUGUAGGAGGUCGCAUGAAGAAGAGCAAUCGGUAAUCGAGAGGUGUAGUCGAUAAAGAGAGCGCAGCCUGGAAUAACUGCCUGGCUUACUUGUCAUGUCGGACACUCGUACCCCAGCCCAAGACUUGGAAUCCCUGAGGCUGGACUGCAGACUCUCCGGUCAUCGAGUCAAGCGCACAGCAAUUGAGAUACCGGUUUAGCUUCUGUCGGCGGUGGUCGGAAACGCCCAAAGCCGAAUUCACUUGGUGCUGGAACCUCGGGCCUCUCCAGCGUGGUACUGGGUUAUAGCUGUCUGACCAAAAAUAUGCCUGAAAUUGUGAAUGCGAUCCCACCUACCUUUCCCAGGAAUCUCUUAAUUAUUAGCCCAUCCUCCUUUGCUUCGUUCGGACUGUUGGACAUUCCCUUGUGUUCCUCUGAAUUCUAGAAGCUGUCCCGCCUCUGACAGCAGAAACGCAACGGUGCAUUUAACUGUUAUGCACAUCGGCCUCCUUUUUAAGUAUAUGGUAAAACGCCUGUCGUUUAAUAGACUAUCACGUGUGUAGACAUUCAAAUCGAUGUCGACAACGCUGCCAUUCUCUGUGUUUUAGUAGUAUCCUCCUUUUUCUGCAUUUCUUCGCGUAUGCCAUAGUAUAAUAGAUUGAAUGAAGCCUCGGAGGCUUACGACCCUCCUUAUUAUAGGACAAGCAACUGUCCCACUUCAUUUUCUUUGAUUCACAGGACGUAGCGAGGUCUGCCCAUUGCCUGCCUUAAUGUCCCUAAUCUGUUCAUCCCAUCAAUGCCCUUAACUUAGCAGCAGUCUAGACUGCUAGCUAAGGUUCUCUGCAUUCAGCAUUAGAUGUUGUUUGUGCCUUGACAUCGGAUACUAAGAGAGUACUGCCAUGUGUCUCUCAACUGUCUCUUUUUCCCUACCACUCAAAUGGGUAUCCAUGUAGUUCAUGUUGUUUUUGAAUGAACAUUUUAUCUUCUUCUGAUUUGUUUUAACCAGACCUCUUUGCCGUAGCCCACAUUCCCAUUCAACCGGAUUCAUAGUCUUCGAGGCAGCCAACAUAUGUGCCCAUGCGGUAAUUAUAGCCGAUGAUAACCGUCCAGAUCGCCAACAUUUGAUCUUCCGUGCUCUGGGUGGUUAAGAUGCGUGUUUGGAUCCACGUUUAUCCACCUGGAUGCGAUGAAACUGUUUGUCAUAGGCCAGCCAUUUAGGCAACGGAGCUUCUUCUGUCUUUGUUCGGUCCUCAUCCUUUCUGUUGCCGUACCGUGUCGCCCUUAGCCGGUACCUGGAAAGUGGUGCCUACCAAUCUAUUUAUUUUUUAAGCCGGAUUUGAGCAUGUCUAUUUCGCCUCAGAGGGCCGGGUUUUGAAACCUUUUACCUAUACAUAUUGACUGGUAAUAAAUAAUCGGCAAGUAUGGCUGAUAACUGACAAAUUCAAAUCUCAGGUCUUCAUCUGAGAUUGCAUGAUGACGGAAAAGAGCGAGAAAUAGGCAUUUCUCGACAGUUUCGUUUUGUCACAUAACUAACAAAGCCCAGAUCUGACACCGAGGACCACCCGGGCAUUUCGUAUCCCACGUGCAUUCACGCUGAACUGAACGCGCCUGUGGGAAUGACAGUCAGCUCUGAAUUCUGCGGAGUAACUCACUACCAGGUAGCCAGCGCCUACACUCCUCUACGAGCAACCAUUUCCUUAGCCCGUUUUUAUACUUUCUUGUGCUUGGUCUGCGCUAAGUAGGGCCGAAUGGAGCCCGACACCCCAGUUGUUUAUUGAUUAUUCAAUAAAAACUGUUCUCAUUUUGCAGACAAUGGCGAUGGCUUGUAUAAGUCUCGGGGGUAAAGUGCAGGAGGAACACCAACGCCUACGGGAUGUUAUCGUAGCCUACUACCGGUGAGUUAAUUUGUAAUACACUCGCUUCUUCGUUAGUGUGCGACUGUUGUGUAUACCUCCACGAUCUUCUGUAGGUGCAAUACACCGGCUUACACGGACGUCCACAUUUGGUGUGGUAGUAUGUAUAGUCCUCUUUCACAUGACAAUGUUUACAAACGCCUAUCGUUCCUCUAAGAUACCCAACUGAUUUUGUUUAUUCCUAACUUAGGGGACUUGCAGAUCCCGAGCACUCCUGUUCGUGGUUUUCAGGCAUUAAUUUUUUCAGGAGUUUGUGCACCUCCGCUGCUGACUAAAUAUAUUUAAACACUCCAUCUACACCGAGUGGGGACAACGUCUCUGUAGCAGACUAAACACUUAUAGUGCUUCUUUAACAGCCUUUAGGAAAAAAACGUAGCACUUCAAAGCAGAUGCACUUGCACUCUGUUUGGAUUGUACAGACUCCUCCCUUAUAUAAUGCCCGUUUUGCGCUCCAAAGUUCCUCUGCCGUUCGCACUUUUGGCGUACUGUAGACCUCCUCUCCCUGUCUUGCAGUCGCUAUUCUCUUUAGUCGACCGACUAUGUAACUUUCAUUUUACUGCACUCUAAAAAAACAAGAUUCUCCUGAAAAGCGGAUGAACACUGCGCAGAUUAAUUGUAUUUCUAAAGCUUCCGACUAGUACCUCUUUUGUCUAUCCCGAGGGGGAAUCAGACCUCGUUCGUCGGGAAUCAAUCAAGAAUUGGCGCACACUGAUCUAUUGGCCUCCCGAAACAAAGAAGCUCUGUAUGGGUGGCAAAGGUCACAAACAGACAACCAACUACCAGGCCGAAGUCGGCCAAGUAUGGUUGUCGGGAUCGCCUUCCCUUCUCAGUUUUUUCCGGGGACUCACAUUUUCGCAUCUGUUAGCGCUAUAUGUCCCAGUCACAUAUGAUUACUAUCUGAAUGUUUGAAGUCCUUCGAGUGUCUUUUCUAUGUUACAUCCGCCGAAGUCAAUUUCCCUCAAUACCUAGGGCGGAGUUAACAGUUAUUGCAAUAAUACGGUCCUCUGUUGUUUUUCUAUGCUUAGGGUUCUCCACAAAACCAAACGCCCGCCCCUCGAAGUGGGCGAAGAUUAUGACCGUCUACGAGUGAGCAUUGUUAGUUCGGAGCUUUUUCUCAUGCGCCUGCUCGGCUACCAGGUGCGGAAACCGGACCUGCCGCACACCUAUCUUCUGCACUAUAUGUCCGCCUUGUUGCAUUGGAUCGGCAAAGGCAUAGCGCACCCGGCUGGCAGUGAACUGGGCUCCGGCGACUCGGUUUCCGCGCCCUCACAGUACAGCCCCUCGGCACUGGCCCUGGCUCGGCUACCCGGCUUGGCCUGGUCAAUCCUGGCCGAUUCUUACCACACCCCGCUCUGUGUCGACUAUGCACCCGAGUAUAUUGCCGCUUCCAUCCUCCACCUGGCUCUCCGCAUUGCCGGUGUGGAAGUACCCGGAAACAGACAUUCAGAAAUGGCCUGGUGGCAGGUAGGAGAACACCUUCACCCCCUUCCCCCACUCUCCCCUCCGCCAUCAUGGUCUGUAUCAACUGAACGUAGAAAUAGGACAAUUGACUAUUCUGCUGCCUCAUCGCCACGUGUGCGUUAAGGCAUUUUGCAGAUAAAAAAAACAACGAAACCAAGUGCUUUUGCCACAAACUUGCCGCCCUAAGUAAAGCAUUUCUGUUUGUCAUCCAGGUUGGAUUGCCAGUGCUGUUAUUCAGUUGAAAAAUACCUUGCCUACAUCACGACUAAGGAGGAAGUGUAUACACCUUUUUGAGAAGAGUUUAACAUCAUGGGUGCACUCCGAAUAUUCACGUUGCAAAGAUUAAACGCGGACAGCCUUUUGUAGCACAGGCGAACAAGGUGUUCCUCUUUACAAAACCCUGGCGAUCUCCUCUAGAACACACUCUGCUCGCUGUUUGCUAGUGUAUUAUCACUAAGGUCUGUCUUUAUGCCGAAAAUUUAUUUCGUGUGAGUUGGACACGGCUUUCCCAGUAGAUACUUCCUGGCCUUGCUAGACUACGCACAACUCCAUUGGGUGGGGGAUUACCCCGCUUACCUUCAUCCAGCUUUGCGCACCAGUCGAAGCUGUUACCAGAGUGUGUUCGCUGCGCUGUGCACAGCUUAAAAUUGCAAAUGAGAGCUGGACGUUAGAUUGGGCUAGGGGGCUGGGGGUGAGGGGAAUGACCGCCUCUUGCAGCCAAAGUUAUGGUGCAAUGGUCGCUUGAUUCGAAUGAUAAUAGUGGAUAAGACGCCCAGUAUUAGCCUCACCCUCGCAUCCCAUCCCCACCGUCCAAGGACUGUGCCAAGCACUGAUUAGGUGGAACCCAGGCACAAAGCGAACAGUUUGCCGAGUUGUACGUGUUGCUGCCUUGCUUUUUCAAUCGGGCCCAACUUCACUGGGAUAGCCGCAUGCGUCAUUUUAGUGUAGGACUGAAGCUGCAGGGUUCCACAUCUCAUUUGCAGACCGACGCGGCACUUCUCCUGCCAGUGAUUGCUCCCCCCCCCGUCCUUUCCCUUUGGAGGGUCACCUAGGAGGUGAGGUAUGCGGGCAAGUGUACAGUAAAAUGUCCGGCUAAUCUCAGCAUUUUUCAGGAAUUUCCUAUAUUUUUGUAACUCCCUGUCUCCAAUCCUCAAAAAAACUAGUAUUCUACACGGCUGUUCAUCGCCAGGUUGUCGCCAACUGGCAGCGGGCGCGUGUGCCAUCAGCAUCGAAACUGUGCAUCCUCAGUGUACGGCACUUGUUCAGGUUCAGUUGAAUGGGUGUUCUAGCACCUUUUCUUCUGACUUUGUCGUGCCAUCAAAUCGCAUUCACUUGAAUCAACGUUGAUGGACAGAUCGGGUUACGCGUCGGCCCUGCAGAUUAUGAUGGACCCGAAUAGAGCAUCAGCCAGGUACCUCAGGGCAUGUACCAAACCAGAGGCGGCUAAACCGAUGCUGUGGAUAGCCUAUACAAAUGCAAGUGCAAAAUCAUCUUGCCUUACCUUCGCGUAUUUUCGGAGAAUAUAUUAGUUAGUGUCCGAUCUCGUGAGAUGUUAGCCGAAAUUCUGAAAUGUGUUUUCCGUUAGGAAGCAUUACUUAGGUGGGGUUAUGAUAUUAGUUAUCACGCGACAUAAUCCCAUGUUGUUUCGAAUUUGCCAUAGGCGAGAGCAAUAUGACGCCGUCCGCUAGAUUUGGUGAAUACUUCAGGCUAACUGUGCUUACCGCUAGUGAAAUCACCAGCUUCCUAGGUGUGUGUGUGUCGGCUGUGCUACUGCUAAUCGCUAUCACCCUGCCGCAAAUGCCCGAAAGAACGUCCUCCCUCAAGCCCUGCCUGCUUAGGCCGGCAGGGCGUCCGUAAAGGGAAGAAGUAUGACCAUGGGAGAAUCUGGGCGAGGUGAGUGGAGAUGCGCCGUGCUUAUAAGUUGCCUUCUGACAAUUAAUGGGGGCAUUUCGUGAUCAGUACCAUAUUCGACUGAAAGUUCGCUCGGACGAAGUAUCUCCAUAUAUAUAUUAACAGGCCCGCGCUGCCUCCCUUCGCGUGGCCCACCACUAAAUGGAGUGGUGGUGUUCCGCGUCAUGCUCUGCGCUGAGGACUUGCGCGUGAAGAUUAGCACACGGUCAGCAAGUUAUCACUGUCGCUGAAAGUGUUGCUCCUCAUCACCAUUUGCAACCAGUCCCCAAUUCACACCAAUUGAAACCACCGCCCCACAAAGGGAGGACAAUCGAGAGGUUUGACUAAAAUGAGGCUAGUGGGGGAGCAACCGAGGUUUCAUUCCUAUCCGUGCCUUCUGUUGACAUUCACUGAGAUCCCAGGCGUGCGGGCGGCUUUGUUGUGUUAUUUAGUUUGAGUUAAAUCCUUCAGUGCGUCUUCGUUGUCCUCUCAGCACCUGCCGCUCACCGCUGCUCCUACCUCAAAUUUUACCACUUCGAUCCAUCGAGGUAGGCGACAGGUGCCUGUUACCGGUUUGCUGCCAGUGAUUCAAGAGCUUUUAGCGUUCUAAACGAUUGAGUUAUUUUAAAACCAUUUGUGCAAUUGACAGACACUUUGUUAGCGGCAAUUUUCUUUGAUCAACACUGGCAAUCGUUAGGAGGAAGUCUAAAUACGAUCAUUUCCAUAUUCAUGGCAAAAUUGUUUUACGGACCCUUCGUCGUCCUUGGUGUCACCAGCUCCAUACGAGUCAGAAUUAAGACCCGUUUAACCAAGCAAGUCGAGAUCCUUAGGCAGAGGCGUUGUCGCCUAGAUGUCAUCUCUCGUCCGCCGGUCCUCUUAUUCUCUUAUCCUGCUCCCUAUUUAACCGGUAUAUCCCUUCAAAUUAUUUUUCCAAGGCACCUACUGACAGCUUAGUGCUUGUUUUUCUAUGGUAUACUCACUGUCUUGCCUUCAAAGCUAUCGAAUUAACUUUUUUUUUUCAAAAUCUGUAGGCAAUCUCGGACUCACUGUCCCGCGAGGUCGUGGAACAGAUCCAGCUCAAAGUGAUGGAGGUCUACUCCACAGAUGACAGACUCAUGGUGCAGGCUGCCUAUCGUCCAGAUGACGAUUACUGA